AUGACACGCGCGGACAACGGCUCGAAAGCACUCGAAAACAUUGUAGGAAAUGUGGCAGAACCAGUGGAGGAGAAUAGCGAGACCUUUAACUCGGAGGUGGGAAUGUGGUGGGGAGGAAGAAGGGUGGGGAGAAAGAAGGGUGGGGAGAAAGAAGGGUGGGACAACAGAAAUUUGGCCCCAACAAUUUAUGUUGCUUUGGGGUGCCGCACGACCUUCGUAGCUUGCACAAGUUGCAAUGACAUUGAUGCAAAUCAGUUUUCACUGGGAGUGAGGUACCGAUUCCACGCAACAGAUGCGACAGGGCCAUUCUGUCACAAGCCAUCUCAGCUUCCGUGGAUCGUGCGCACUUCUUCUGCUUUCAGUAUUCGCUACUCUGAUCAAGGUGCGCUCGGUGCCUUCUGUAUUGAAGCCCUGAUUUUCUUGCUUCCUUAUAUCACCUGUCUGGACUCGGCAGAUCACAAGGAUCCUGAACGUUGA